AUAUACAAAAUUGGGUAAUAGCAUUUCCAGUGGAGAAGAUAUUGUAAAUUCUAAUAAAACUCUUGCUGGUACUUCAUUUGCCAAACUUAUCCCAGAUUGUAGUAAAAAAGUGCCAGUUGGUACCAUUAAAGGAAUUUCUAAUUAUUUUACUUUCAUGUGGCCAUCUGGUGACGAAGAUGGAUAUAUAGUAGCUUAUGAAAUACCUAAUUAUGGGAAAUCAAAAAAAUAUUCAGUUUUUGAUAUUAAAAAACUUCUAAAAAAUAAUAUUAUUAAUCAACCAAACGUUACAGUCAUUAAUCAAACAACACCUCAAUCAGAAUGGAAAAUGUUUGUUCCUUCAGAA